GGACCUUGUUAAGCAGUUGCGCAACUGCUUCUUCACGAUGCUUAUGCAUGUUAGAGUUGUGAGAUGGAAGGAGAAAGCUGUACGUGUUUGACUUGAAUUUUGACUUGGCUUUAACGAUUUUUCUUUUAAUUUCACGGUUGGAGCAAAGCCGCUGUUUGUGUGUAGGAAAAAAGGCUGUAAGGGUGAGAUGGAAACAGCAGCAGAGGAAAAUAUUGAAAAGAAGGCAAGUGUGCCUACGAAGGGUGAAGCUGCCAUCAAACCAGAAUUCCUUACAACCAAAGAAGAAUUUCAUGGCUUCAUAGACGCAGAGUGGCAGGGCUCAAAAGGAGACAAAGCCAGUGAAAGUGACAUGGUCAAUGAGACGAAGGAGACUUCUUUGGAGGAACCUGAAACUAAAAAGCUAAAACUAAGUCCUGAGGAUAAACCAGAUGGCAAACGUCUUCGGGGACAGAAUAAGUCAAGGCCCCACAUAAAGCCCACAACCUAUGAUGAAAAACGACUUUGUCUCUCAGUCAUUCAGAAAAGGGAAUGCCCCUUUGGAGACAAGUGCCACUUUGACCACGACAUCGUGGCGUACAUGGCCUCUAAGCCUGCUGAUAUCAGGGAGAGCUGUUACGUCUAUGAAACAUUUGGAAAAUGUACCUACGGUGUGUCCUGCCGCUUUGCGAAGGCCCACACUACGCCUGACUUCAAAUCCAUGGAGAAGGCGGAUCUCGUCAAGGCUUAUGAAGACAAGACUACGGUGAAGAACAGCUUGAGUAAAGACCUCCAGAGUCGGCUGAGGAAGCGUUUGGUGACCUUCAAAAAGUCUGAAGAGUACCUCAAAAUACUCUCAAGCAACAAAGAUAAAGGAGCGCUCCAAGGGAACAGCAAGACGAGUGAAAAAGGGGAUGCUUGUGCAGCUGAAGCAUCUGCAGAUCCAGCGGGAGAAAAGCAGCUGUGUUCUACUGAAGCACAGCAGGCCAGCCCAGAUAAACAGCCUCCUCCAGUGAAGACUAUAGGCCCACUGACUGAUGCCGAUGUCAUCAAGCUGCGCUCGUGUGAAAAGAAGCAGGUGGAUUUUCGAGACAAGCUCUACCUCGCUCCUCUCACAACUUGUGGAAAUCUGCCUUUCCGUCGUGUGUGUAAGCGCUUCGGUGCAGACAUCACAUGUGGGGAGAUGGCCGUGUGCGCAAACCUCCUGAAGGGGCACCAGUCAGAGUGGGUCCUCCUGAAGAGGCACGAAAGUGAAGAUGUGUUCGGUGUUCAGGUGGAGGGCAGUUUCCCCGACACCAUGACGAGGUGUGCAGAGCUCAUCAACACCACCACAGACGUUGAUUUUGUGGACAUUAAUUCUGGAUGUCCCAUCGAUCUUAUAUACAACAAGGGUGGAGGCUGCGGCUUGAUGACGCGUACCAGGAAAUUUGAACAAAUAGUCAAAGGAAUGAAUUAUGUCCUUGAUGUCCCUUUAACAGUCAAGAUCCGCACCGGUAUUCAGGAGAAGUCCAGCAUAGCACACAAACUCAUCCCAGAGAUGAAGAAUUGGGGUGUCUCAAUGAUCACAUUGCAUGGCAGAUCCAGAGAGCAGAGAUACACAAAGUUAGCCGACUGGGACUACAUAACAACAUGUGCUAAGCUGGCUAGCCCUGUCCCACUUUUUGGUAAUGGAGACAUUCUGUCCUAUGAGGAUGCCAUGAAAGCGAGGGAGACCGGCGUUUCUGGUAUUAUGAUUGCACGGGGUGCUCUCAUUAAGCCCUGGAUCUUCACGGAGAUCAAGGAGAGCAGACACUGGGACAUCUCGUCCAGCGAGCGAUUGGACAUCCUGAAGGAUUUCACCAACUUUGGUCUGGAGCACUGGGGCUCCGACACUCGAGGCGUGGAGAAGACACGCACCUUCCUGCUCGAGUGGCUCUCCUUCAUGUGCCGAUAUAUUCCAGUGGGCCUGUUGGAGCGAGUGCCUCAGAAGAUUAAUGAGAGACCUCCGUACUACAUGGGCAGAAACUAUUUGGAAACAUUAAUGGCCAGUCAAAACGUUGGGGACUGGAUCAGGAUAAGUGAAAUGCUGCUUGGACCCAUACCAAAGAAUUUCCAGUUCCUGCCCAAACAUAAAGCCAACUCCUACAAGUGAUUUUCUCUUUGUUCAACUAUUAAAAUCAUCAAGAUUUUUGUUUUGUUUUUUAUCAUGAGAACAAGCUCAAGAAGAGAAGAUAUUUUAUGUUUUAAAUGAUAAAGACUGUGGAGUAGUUUGUUUAUUUGAUCUAUGCUGCAGUAGAAAAUACAUGGGUGUUCAUGCAAUUGAGUGCAUUAAAUUUUUUUUUUUGCCAAAC